AUGGAACAACAAGUCCCCCUCAACUACCAGGCUUCGGCCGGCGAUACAAACAAACAGGUCACCACGACGCUUCCUCAGGAGGUUGUUCAAUGCCUAGAGAAUGCCCGAUUCCUCCAUCUCGCAACAUGUACCGACAACAUCCCGAAUGUCUCCCUCAUGAAUUAUACCUACAUACCGUCAUCCAACUUCUCGUCCGGCCCAGUCAUCGUCAUGACCACCAAUCCCGCUUCCAGAAAGACGCAUAAUCUUCUCUCAAAUCCCAAUGUCUCUCUGCUAGUUCACGACUGGUCUUCCCACCGCCCACCAACUUCCGGCCGACGUCCGUCCGGCGGCAGUCCCGGCCCUGAGCACCGUUCUAGCCUUGCUUCGCUUCUCCUGAACCUAAACACCGCUGCUGUAUCUAGCAUCAGCGCCACCAUCAACGGCACUGCUAGUCUGGUGAAUAAUGGAUCGGACGAAGAAAAGUUCUAUCGCGAGGCACAUCUCGAGAACAACACCUUUGACGAGGGUCAGAGCUUCAAUCCCAGCGUUCAGGCAGAGGACGGUGGCAGAGGGUGCUUCAUAGCCGGGGAAGAGGUGCGUGUUAUCGUGGUAAAGAUCAAGGAUAUCAGAAUCAGUGAUUGGAAGGGCGCGGUGCGGGAUUACGUUCUGGCGGAGGAAACAGCUGUUCCUCAGCUUAACGGCGUACGGUAG